UCACCUUUUCCCUCAGCAGUAGCAGAGGGCGACAAACGACGAUGGCAACGGCCACCUUUCCGUCGCACGAUGCGACGGCAAACUUCAGCUUCUCGAAAGAGGAGGAAAAGGUGCUCAAGUACUGGCGAGAGAUCGACGCUUUCAAGACGUCACUUGAGCAGUCCAAGGGCAAGAAGCCUUACUCCUUUUACGACGGACCACCCUUUGCCACCGGCUUGCCCCACUACGGCCAUCUGCUUGCUGGUACGAUCAAGGACAUUGUCACCCGACAUGCACACUCGACCGGCCACUAUGUCGACCGACGAUUCGGCUGGGACUGCCACGGACUGCCAGUAGAGCAUGAGAUUGACAAGAAGCUGGGAAUUAAGGGAAAAGAUGACGUUAUGGCCAUGGGAAUUCCAGCUUACAACGCAGAGUGCCGCGCCAUCGUGAUGCGGUACCAGGGCGAGUGGAAGGAGACAGUGGAGCGCAUGGGUCGAUGGAUCGACUUUGACGGAGGCUACAAGACGAUGAAUACAAGCUUCAUGGAGACAGUCUGGUGGGUGUUUGGUCAGCUCUUUGAGAAGAGUCUCGUCUAUCGAGGGAUGAGGGUCAUGCCCUAUUCGACCGCCUGCACUACACCCCUCAGCAACUUCGAAGCUGGCUCAGACUACCGAGACGUCGUCGACCCUGCCGUCACUGUCUCUUUUCCCUUGCUCGACGACCCCAAGACGGCGUUGCUGGCAUGGACGACGACGCCAUGGACCCUCCCUUCAAAUUUGGCCCUUUGCGUCCACCCUGACUUCACUUACAUCAAGAUUCACGACCAGGAGCGGGACAUGAACUUCUGGAUCCUAGAAAAGCUCCUUACAACACUCUACAAGGACCCAAAGAAGGCCAAAUUUACCAAAUUGGGCGAAGCAAAGGGUAAAGACAUGGUUGGCUGGAAGUUCGAACCCAUCUUCAAGUACUUCUAUGAGCAGUACAAGGACGUCGCGUUCAAGGUCGUUGCCGACAGCUAUGUGACGGCAGACGCAGGUACUGGCAUCGUUCAACAGGCUCCCGCCUUUGGUGAUGAUGACUACCGGAUCGCCAUCGCCAAUGGCAUCACCUCGCGCGAUUCGCCGCCACCUUGCCCGGUCGACGAGAGCGGUCGUUACACGGCUGAAGUGCCCGACUACAAGGGUGUUCAUGUCAAGGAGGCCGACAAGCAGAUCCAGAAGGACCUCAAGGCCCGAGGAAGACUUAUUGUCCAAGCCACACUCCACCACUCCUACCCCUUCUGCUGGCGGUCGGGUACCCCUCUCAUCUACAAGGCCAUCCCGGCCUGGUUUGUCAGAGUCGAAAACAUCGUCUCGGACCUGACGAAGAACAACAGUGGUACGCGUUGGGUGCCUCAGAGCGUUGGCGACGGUCGCUUCGGCAACUGGCUGGCCAAUGCCCGCGAUUGGAACGUUAGCCGGAAUCGAUACUGGGGUACGCCUAUCCCGCUGUGGGCGAGCGACGACUUCGAAGAGGUGGUCUGCAUCAGCUCCGUUAAGCAGCUCGAGGAGCUUUCGGGUCGGACCGGCCUGACAGACCUGCACAGGGAUAAGAUCGACGACAUUACGAUUCCCUCUCGGAAGGGGAAGGGAGUCCUCCGCCGCAUCGAAGAGGUUUUUGACUGCUGGUUCGAAUCAGGCAGCAUGCCUUACGCCCAGGCUCACUACCCCUUCGAGAACAAGGAGAAGUUUGAGAAGAGCUUCCCUGCCGACUUUGUCUGCGAGGGCAUCGACCAGACUCGCGGCUGGUUCUACACGCUCCUCAUCUUGGGCACCCAUCUGUUCAACAAGUCGCCGUGGAAGAACCUCAUCACCACGGGCCUCGUCUUGGCUGAAGAUGGAAAGAAAAUGAGCAAGAGCCUGAGGAAUUACCCUGACCCUACUCUGCUCAUCAAUCAGUACGGUGCCGAUGCUGUCCGCCUUUACCUCGUCAACUCACCAGUCGUCCGAGGCGAGAAUUUGCGCUUCCGAGAGGCAGGCGUUAAGGAGGUCCUCUCUUCGGCUUUCCUGCCGUGGCUCAACUCGUUCCGCUUCUUCUUGGGACAGGUGGCACUCCUGAAAAAGGAUACUGGCAUCGACUUCAAGUACGACCCCAAGGCAUCACUGAGCGACAACGUCAUGGACCGAUGGAUCCUGGCGAGGUGCCAAAGCCUGAUCAAGCUAGUCCAGGAAGAGAUGGACGCAUACAGGCUGUACACUGUCAUGCCGAGACUGCUCAACCUGAUCGACGAGUUGACCAAUUGGUACAUUCGAUGCAACCGACGCCGUCUCAAGGGCGAGAACGGGGAGAAAGACACAGUUGCCGCACUCAACUCGCUCUUCGAGACGCUGUUCACUCUGUGUCGGACCAUGUCGUCUUUCACGCCCUUCCUGACCGAAAACAUCUACCAGGGUCUCAGGGUCUUCCUGCCUCCCCCGGCUGCCGACGACAAACAGGACUACCGAUCUGUGCACUUUAUCUCGUUCCCCGAAGUGCGACAAGAGUACCUGGAUCCCGUCAUCCAGCGGAGAUUCGCCGCGCUCCAAUCUGUCAUUGAGCUGACGAGGACGGUCCGAGAGCGCAACACGCUUCCCCUUCGUGUGCCCCUUAAAGAGCUCCUCAUCUUCCACAGCGAUCAGCAGUACCUCGAUGACGUCGCCUCGCUGCAGACCUACGUCGAAGAAGAGCUCAACGUACGUGACGUGACGCUGACCUCUGACGAGGCGGCCUGUGGGGUCCAGUACAAGCUUAGUGCGGACUGGCCCGUCCUUGGUCGCAAGCUGCGUAAGGACAUGGGCAAGGUGAGAAAGGGCCUGGAGAAGGUGACGUCGGACGAGGCAAAGGCGUAUGCCGCCACGGGCAAGAUCACCGUCGAGGGUAUUGAGCUUGUCGAGGGCGAUCUUAGGGUGACAAAGAGCGUCGAACUUGGCGAUCGGAAGGGCAAGUGGGACAGCAACACCGACGGCGGUGUCGUUGUGCUCCUCGAUACCGAGAUCAGGCAAGAGCUCCAGGCCGAAGGAACGGCUCGCGAAUUUGUCAACCGUGUUCAGAGGCUUCGCAAGAAGGCUGGCCUCCAAGUCACAGACGAGGUCGAUGCCUUCUACAGCUUCCAAGAAGGUGUGGGCAAGGCUUUGGAGGAGUGCUUCGAGGCGCAGGGCGACUUCUUCAAGAAGUCGCUGAGGCGAACGCCAAUGUCGGUCAAACAGCGGCCACCCAACGCAAAAAUCAUCACCGAGGAGGAGCAGCAAGUGGGCGACGACAGCUUCAUGCUGUCUCUCGUCUGGGCUGCUUGAUCGUGUACAAAAACAUAAGUAGAGACGGCCGUCUGUCUAGAAUACAAAGUGUGAUCACCGAUGUUUGCUUGAUCCAAAGCUGCCGAACCCCAUUGCGGCCAUAGCCUCCAUGUCGCUGUUUUCCAUCUUUUUCUCUGCCUGCACUCUUUGCUUUUGCUUCCUCUUUUCGUCCUUGCGUGC